UAGGAAUCAAAACAAUCUACUUUGCAUCUUUUUUCUAUCCAUCUAACGUUGGACCGCCGUGAAAGGAGGCUGAAGAAUCGUAGUUUAGCACUUAAGGAUAAGUGCCCCCUGUCCCCUCAAAUUGUUUGAGACUCUUUUGGAUCCUUCAAGGAGGUGAUAGGGAUUUUGAAGUGAGUGGUUGGUCAAUCAUCGCCCGAUGCCCAAGAUUAUAUCCCGCUCGAUCGCCGUCGAGGAUAAACCCGGCCAACGUCGGCCGGCUUUGCACGGAGGGGCGGCCCUGUCCGAUGACUUGAGCGCGCCCACUGGCCUGAAUGCACCCGCUGAAGAUAAGCCCUUGCACUUGUACUACUGUCUCUGCGGGCAAAUGGCCCUCAUCUUAGAUCGGCCAUUGGAGAAGUUGCCUUUCCGUUCGAGGGAUGAGGCCCGCGUGUUGGAUCCCUCAAAGCACACGCACAAAAUUACGCUUUUAGAGUCCGACGAAACGAUUCACCUAAAACGGCCGGAAAAGGGAAUCGAAACACAAUACCGAUUCAAAUGCAAAGGAUGUAAUUUGCCGCAGUUUUACCGCCACGAUCCCAAGAGCGGGGUCACGUUCAUCUUAAAGAAUGCGCUCGUGUCAUCGGCCCAGAACAAGGCGAACAAAGACAUCUACAAGCAAGUGGCCUUGGAGCAGCCCGACCAAAAGCGGCAAGUGCGCAAGAACACCAAGACUAUGGGCAAAUUCUCCUCAGUGACCGUGUCCACUGUGUCCGAUGACGAGGAUGAAUUGGAAGAGAAAGAAAUUGCUGACUCGUACGCUUUGAAUGCCAAAAUUAUCAAGAAGCAGCUCGAGAGAAAAGGGAUGAACAAACGGAAAUCUGAAGAAGAUGAGGUCAAUGACGGAACAAAAAAGCUCAAACCACGUGGAACGCUCUUGGAUCUUUGAAUUGUGAUAAAAACGGGUCAAGAUGAAAACAAGUGUAAGAAUAUAGAUCUAAGAUAAA